UCCUCGUCUUCUUCUGUGCAGAUGGAAAACUCAUCUGAAUCUGACUUGUUUAUGUCCAAAAUAUCGAAAGAGAAUGACUUCCUCCUGGGAACCAUCUACACCAUCUUUGGUGUGCUGUCUCUGAUGGGAAACACCACUCUAUUGUUUGUUGCCUAUCGCAAGUGGUCAUCUCUUAAGCCAGCUGAGUUUUUUAUCAUCAACCUCUCCAUCAGUGACCUGGGCAUGACCAUUUUCCUUUUUCCCUUCGCUAUUCCCUCUGCUUUCGCUCACAGGUGGUUGUUCACAGAGGUGAUGUGUAUGUGUUAUGCCUUCUGUGGAGUUUUGUUUGGUCUCUGCAGCCUCAGUAACCUGACUGUACUGUCCUGUGUGUGCUGGCUCAAAGUCUGCUGCCCCAACUAUGGUAAUAAAUUCUCCUCGUCCCAUGCGCGUUUCCUGGUGGCUGGAGUGUGGUGUUAUGCUGCAGUGUUUGCAGUAGGUCCGCUUUCAGGCUGGGGUCAGUACGGAUCAGAGCCUUACGGCACUGCCUGCUGUAUUGACUGGCACGCUCCCAGCUACAGCACACCUGCCAUGAUCUACAUCAUCUGCCUUUUCUUCUUCUGUUACAUUGGACCCUGCACCAUCAUCAUCCUCUCCUAUACUCUCAUCCUUGUGACGGUCCGGGGGGCCCAGCAUGCAGUGCAGCAGCAUGUCUCUCCUCAAAACAAAAUCUCCAGUGUGCAAACACUUAUUGUCAAGCUAUCAGUGGCAGUAUGUAUUGGAUUUCUAAUGGCGUGGAGCCCAUAUGCUGUGGUAUCCAUGUGGGCAGCCUUUAGUGAUCCAGACUUGGUACCUCCAGUAGCAUUUGCCCUGGCAGCUAUGUUUGCCAAGUCAUCCACACUCUACAACCCAAUGGUCUACCUCGUCUUUAAGCCCAGCUUCCGAAAAUCCCUCUGCCGGGAUGCCACAAAAUGCAAGAGAACACUCUGUCCUUGCAUGUGCCAGACAGACAGCCAACAAAAAGCCACAGCAAGUCUUUCUAAACUGAACACAAAGGAUAAAUGUAACCACACAUGGGUCUCUAAUGGACUGAAUGAGACCCACCAAUCAUGCAGACAUUGUCCAAAAAGACAAACAGGGUAUUACCUGGACAUCACACCCCAAAAGACAGCACGCAUCCUCAUUGGCUCUACCCAAAGUGAGGUGGCAGUCAGCCAGCUCUCCAACGAGAUGAACAGCGACUUCCUUUAGAGCAAGAGAAACUGAUCAUAGAAAAAAUGAAGGAAGGAAAUAAUAAAACCUUCAUUUCCCUCUCUACAACAUUAGGGAAAAUAAGUAUGCUAUAAAGCAGAGGUCUUCACCCCUGCUCCUGGAGACACACUGUCCAGCAAAGUUUAUUUCCAGACUGCUUCAGCCCACCUGCCUGUGAUUUUCAAGCGAUCCUGAGGAGAUGGAUUAGCUGGUUCAGGUGUGUUUGAUUAGGGUUGGAACUAAACUUUGAAGAGUUUAGCAGGAUUGAAGGCCUUAAAGUCUCACACUAACAAGAAUUCUGUUUGCAAGAGGUUAUUACACCACUCAACUUAUUAACUAAGCAAAAAAUACUUUUUGGCUACUUGAUAACUCAGAAUAACAAAAGAAAAAGAAAAAAGUUUGAUUUGGUAGCAAAACUGAAUGGCAGACUUGGACUUGACAUACAUGCCACCCUCAGAGGUGCCCAAAAAUGAAAAUUCAGUCAUUAUGUACUCUUUCUAAUUUCUUCCAAACCUGUAUACAUUAAUUAUUUUUCCAUAAAACAUAAUAAAAAGGAUAUCAAUGAUGCACAAUAAUCAAUUAUGUUUCAUGAUGUUAUUGAGGUCCAACAUGACAAUAUCCCUCCAAAAGAGCCAAAUUUGACUUGAGCUACAAUGUAUCAAUGAAUAAUGAUUUCAAUUUUAGUGUGUUUCUUGCACAAAGCUGUCACGUGCCUGUGAAAGACUUGAAAUGCACAAGAUAUAUGCUGUACUAAAUUUAUAGAGCUUUUUGAUAUUUUUUGGUGUUUUUUUUUUUUUUUUUUUUUAAGCAACUAGGUUACCUUUCAUUCAAGCUUUUUGUAGCCAGUUACUGGUUUAAAAAAAAACAUGCUGUUUGUUUGUUUCUUUUAGUGAGAUUUUUUCCUCUCCUGAGUUCAAAUUCUCUUGGUGUACUGAUGAAAAUCUUUAAUCCCAUGACUUUUCCAGUGGGACAUUGGUUAUCAGUGCAUGAGCUCACUACCACCAAUGCAUUUAUUUAUGUAUGUAUGUAUUUAUUUAUUUAUUUAAAUCAAGCCUCAAAUGCAAGUAAUUUAUUAUGGAUAAUAAAUGUCAGAUUUAAUGAUGGAAUCUGUUGUUUCCACCUGUGAAUGGAACUGAAAAUGCACUAUUAUAUUUAGUUGACUGAAUUUAAGCUUAUAUAUUUUGAUAUUUAAGUAUAAAAUGUUAUAUCCACUAAUGUACCCUUUAUUUAUUAAUCCAGAAACAAUAAAACAAUUUUAUUAAAUGUACACUAUGUACCUUUUGGCCCUCUAGCAGUUAAAAAACAAAACUGCAUGCAUUUUGAGGAAGAACAUUGUUUUGGUUGUGCUUCAGCUCUGCGUGAC